AUGCCAAUCACUGUGUUGUGCCUCCUUGUUCUUGUAUUGGCUUCUUCUUCUUCUUCUUCUUGUCAUUCCCAAGCAUGGAAGACUCGCGUUUUUGUUAAACAUCAUCACAAAGCAGUGCCCGAUGAGUUCAAAGAAGAGAUAAUGAUAGAAAGCGGUAAGGAUUAUUUUAUAAAGAUCGAUGUGGGUAGUCCAUAUCAAUCUAUAGAAGUUCUAAUUGAUACUGGGAGUCAUAUUACAUGGUUUUUUACGCCUUACUCCACUCCUAACAUGUCGAGUUCGAUAUAUUUUACACCAAUGCAUCCAUACAAGUCGAAAACCAUUCACUAUGUCUUAAAGAAUGAGGAAGAAUGCCAGAUGGCAAGUAGAAGAGAACGGUAUGGUGAUGCUGAUGAUGAUAAUUGCUGGAUUAUGUGUAAAUAUCUUGACAAAAGUGAGGUGACAGGUACGCUCACGAUAGAUUCAUUACAGAUUGGAAGUGGAAGUGAGGUUUCUUCUUUUAAGGCACAACAUUUUUUGUUUAGUUUAAUUGUUAAAUCUACCGGUCUGAUGGAUAUAAACUUGUUUGGCUUUUCAACUCCAUACGGCCCAAAAUUGGGCUUUCUAUCACAAAUAAAUGCGUUUGCAUUUUCUUAUUGUCUUCCAAGACAAGACGGAGCGGGCACACUUGCAAUCAAUCAUGAUGCUAUUCUUCAAGGGCCAAGUACUCCCUUGGUUGUUAAUACCGACGGUCAUUACAGGCUUCAAGUGGUAGGUAUCAGGAUUUUUGAUGAAAUAAUGAAUAUUUCUUCUGAAGCAAUUCUUGAUACUGGAGCCAAUCUUAGCUAUUUUCCUUCAAAAAUUAUAAAAUUCAUGAUGGCAAAGUUACAAAAUCGACUUGGGAUUGAGGCCGAAAGUCUCCGUGGUGUUAGCAAUUAUUGCUAUGAAAAAGAGCUUAUGGAUGAUAUUGAAGACUUCAAUUUUACACUUAUUUACACGGAAGGAGUAGAACAAGUUGUUAUCAAGUAUGUUUUUUUCAUACCACUAUGGGGUCCUGACAACAAGAACUUCUGCUGCGCCAUUGUAGAAAUAGAAGAAUAUGAUGAGAUACAUAUUGGUUCGAUCAUGCAGCAAAAUUAUAAUUUUGUAAAAAAUAGAGCUCUCAUCAAUCCUACAGAAUGUAACUUAUUAUAG